AUGAAUUUCAACGACAACAACAAGAACUUGGAUGAUAAUGAAAUGUUUCUCAUUUCAUUGAAUCGACACAUACCUCUGAAACAUCUAAGUUUGAUUCAUGAUCUCGAUCGUAAGUUGGAUGAAUGUGUUUCAACUAAAUAUGAUGAUAUAUCCAGUAUGGUUCAAUUGACAUACAAUGUUAAAUAUGACAGCAUCGUCAUAAAAUCAAUUCUGAAUUUAUUGCAAUCAGGUCAUGUAUCGUCAAGUUUUUUUUCAUUGGAAGAUGUUCAUCGGAUCAUCAAUAUCUAUUCCAAAAACCAUUAUUUUCUGACAUUCGCUUCAUUGCAUACGAUAAAACCUUUCACAUUGACGUGUUUAUUUUGUCAAAAGCCGUUAAAAAUACUCUUCAAAGAAAGAGUUAACGUUUUUCUCAACGAUCGAGUUGAGGGCGGAGUCACAUACACCGCUCGAUGUUGUUAUGUUCAAUACUAUUCAAAUAGUUACGUGAAAGGUUCAAAACGUUAUGUUACUCCGCAAUCCUUGUACAAUCAAAAAUACAUUCAUUUUGGCGGAAAAUCUGUUCUCACUAUGGACGUCGUCUUACAAUACAACGCAGACUUGGUCAACAUGUACGCUGGAUUUAAAAAUUUCUGUGAAUAUUACAACGAUAAAAUCUCAUCAUUCCUGCUUCAACGUUUCGGUAAAAAUGAUCCAGAAAUAAGAAAUCAAGUCUUGCUGGGACGACGUUUAUUCGAAAAUGUUUGGUUAGUUUAUUCCACUUGCAUGCUCAAAUGGAUUUUAUGGAAAGCGACAGAAACUGAAAUUCCAUUGAACAUCAGCGAUCGCGAACAACGCAACUCUUUUUUUAUUGAUCUACUAAAAUGUUUGCAACGUGAUUUUUCCUUAUUCUGGUCGAAUCAUCAACACAAAUAUGAAUGUGGCGAUCAAUGCUGCAAAGCCAUUGUCCUCGAUGGAUUUCAGAAAUCUGAUCGGUUUGUUUGCCAAUUUCAUCGCGAAAUGAUUCGUUCUGAAGAGCUUGGCGAUAUUGAAUGGGGUUGCGGCGUUCGUCCCGAAAUGAUUCGAGAUCAGGAAAAUCCAGGCUAUUGGAAAAAUACCGAUUAUUGUCCCAAACAUGUUCACCUUGAAAAUGUAUCGUCAACACCAGAUUCGAUCGAUCAAUGUGAAUAUGAUAUCAUUGAUUGUAACGUAUCAAGAACUGAUCGCUAUUCCAGUCGUCGCACUUCUUAUGGAAUAAUAGUAACCAUGUAUAACUGCGGCAUCAUCAUCAAUUUCGACGAGUUGCACAGGUGCGAAGCACCAACUCGAGUACUUCAUCAUUUAUUCAUGACGAUUGAAAAUUAUUCACCACAUAUGCAAUCGUUACCAAAGUAUUUAGUUUAUGACAAUGCCUGUGGAUUAUUAUUAACAUUUCGCAAUCGAUUGGAAAACGGUCGAAUUCGAGCUACCACUCGAACAGAUGCACUAAGUAAAAUGACAUUUCUUGUUGACAAAUUUCACAUCGGAAACCAUCGACGGGCAAUCUGUCAAUCUCAAACGAAUCCAUAUAAGUACGCCGACGUCAACAACAUCAAUACCGUCGUUUGCGAGCAAAAAUUUGCGAAAUUAAAAAAAUUGUCAUUUCCCGUGCUGCCAGUGAUACCGUCACGAGUUGCUAUCUCGUUACCCGUUGGGUAUCGACCAAAUUCCUCCGGAUUCUGA